AUGGAGUCCGCCGAGCUAGAAAAGGCCGAUCCCUCCGACAAUAAUGUACAACAGCAUGGCAAUGACAGCAGUCUCCAUCAUUCUUCCUCGGUCAGCUCCUCAUCCUCCUCAUCCUCCUCUUCCCAAGAUGCGAUGGACUAUCUGUCCCGCGUCCAGACGGCUCAUUCCCAGCGCGGCGCCGGUCUGGAGCGUCAUCCCACCGCGCUCAGUCGAAUCGCAACGCAGCGCAGCCAACACACUGCCACCGUGGGUGCCGGUCUAAAACCCCGGGUAUCACGAAAGCCAUUGCCUGAAUUCGGAGCCGGCAAAGCCUAUCCGCCGCUUCUUCCAGCGAGGGAGGAAUAUGUCGUCGAGUUUGUCGGGCCAGACGACCCAUUGCAUCCCCAGAACUGGCCGACUAUGAAGAAAAUUGCUACGGCCGUGAUGCUCGCCUAUACGACCUUCAACGCCACCUUCACCAGCAGCAUCUACUCCACCGCGACCUCCGUCAUCUCGCCAGAAUUUCACGUCUCCACCGAGGUCGGCACCUUGGGUCUGUCAUUGUACGUGUUGGGGUUUGCGACAGGCCCAAUUCUCUGGGCACCUUUGUCCGAACUGCGUGGCCGUCGUCUGCCCAUCCUCAUCGCCAUGUUCGGUUUCACCGUUUUCCAGUUUGGUGUUGCAACCGCCAAAGAUUUGCAAACGGUGAUGCUGUGCCGCUUCUUUGGCGGGUUCUUCGGCGCAUGCCCCAUCGCCGUUGUGGCGGCGACCUUCUCGGACAUCUUCGACAACCGUGUCCGAGGCCUGGCGAUUACCCUCUUCACCAUGACCGUCUUCACGGGCCCUCUGUUCGGAUCGACAGUUGGCGGCUUCAUUGUGCAGAGCCACCUAGGCUGGCGGUGGACGGAGUACCUGACCGGCAUCAUGGGCGCGUCCGCAUUGGUGUUGGAUCUUCUUUUUCUGGAGGAAACAUAUCCACCAGUUGUGCUGAUCGACAAGGCCGCGGAGCUAAGGCGACGCACCAAGAACUGGGGCAUCCAUGCCAAACAGGAAGAAAUCGAGGUGGACCUGCGAGAACUCCUCCAGAAAAACUUCAGUCGGCCACUCAAGAUCCUAUUCACCGAGCCCAUCGUGUUGUCUCUUAGCAUCUACAUGGCCUUUUUAUACGGUCUGUUGUAUCUCUUUCUGACAGCCUAUCCGAUUGUAUUUCAACGGAUACACGGCUUUGGAAAAGGUGUGAGCGGGCUGCCUUAUUUGGGACUUGUCGUUGGUGAAUUCCUCGGCGGCAUCUUCAUUAUCCUCAUGCAGCCCUGGUAUAACCGCAAGCUGGAUGCCAACAACGGCAUCCCGAUCCCCGAAUGGCGGCUGCCACCUGCCAUCGUCGGCAGCGUGGCAUUUGCCGGCGGACUGUUCUGGUUUGGCUGGUCCGGUUUCAAAGCCGAUAUCCAUUGGAUUGUGCCGACCCUAUCCGGUCUUUUGACGGGUUUUGGUCUGCUAUGCAUCUUCCUCCAGGCCCUAAACUAUAUUGUCGACGCGUAUCUUCUCUUUGCCGCCUCCGCCCUGGCUGCAAAUAGUAUCCUGCGUUCAUCCGCCGGCGCAGGCUUCCCUCUCUUCGCAACGUACAUGUUUAAUUCACUUGGCAUCAACUGGGCCGGGACCUUGCUUGGUUGUGUGGCCGCUCUCCUCAUCCCCAUGCCUGUACUCUUUUAUCUCUACGGUCCCAAAAUCCGAGCCAAGAGUAAAUUUGCAACCGAAUAUUUGAUGGCUGCACAAGCGCAUACUGACGAACGGAUGGAAUAA